AUGCCGUCGUGCUACGUAUGUUCGUCGAUAUUUCAAUGUCUUUUGAUUAUUUUAAUGAUUUCCUUGAAAAAAUCUUUGUCCAUCAAUGAUAAUCAACACCAAAAUUUACAAGCUGAUGUUGGUCAAGAUGUAACAAUGUCAUGUCUCUUCGAUGAAGACAAAAUCGAACAGGUGUCCUUUAUGCGUCAGAUGACAGGUGACAUAUUGUCACUCGGUUCGGAAUUAUUUGUCCAAGAAUCUUCAUCCAUUCAACAUAUUAAAUUGAUUAAAUUCUCACCGAAUCGUUUAGAUUUAAAAUUGAUAUCCGUUAAUCAAAAUGAUUCGGGUAUUUACACAUGUAUGUUAAACGAUGAGAAAUUAACUUCAUUCUCCUUAGAAAUCUUUGUCCCACCGAGAUUUUUAUCGUAUUAUCCAAUUGAAGGAAGUGUGUCGUAUGCCGAGAACACUACGAUGAACUUAUCUUGCCGAGCGUUUGCAAUUCCAUCAGCAAAUAUAACAUGGAUCUAUCGAGAUAAUAACAAACAAUCGAAAACAAUUCAAAAUGGAGAAAGUGUUUAUAUUUCCUCACUUCGUCCGUCAGAUAGUGGUUCAUAUGAAUGUAUUGCAUCAAAUCAUUUUCAUGCGUCGAUUAGUCGUUCAUUUUAUGUUACUGUUCAAUAUUCUCCUCGUCUAAUGAUAUUCAACGAGAAAAUCGUGCGUGAUGUUCAAGGAACAGUUCUCGUUAAAUGUCGUGUUUGUUCAAUUCCCGAAGUUAUGCAGAUAAAUUGGCUUCGACAUGAUCACAUCAUCAAUGAUGUUAAUAUUCUUACAAAAACUCAUCCAAUUGAUCAUCAAUGUUCGGAAACAAUUAUGGAAAUUGUCGAUCUGAGUGAAUAUCAAUUUGGACGAUAUGAAUGUCAAGCGGAGAACAUUUUGGGAAAGAAUUCAGUGUUUGUCGAUGUUGAACAAAGUUCAAGAAUUGUCAAAACAAAGCAUUAUGAACAUCAUGCGAAUGAAUUUAAUCGAAAUGGACGGACAGCUUUAUUAAUUGAUAAAGAUCAACAAUCCAAUAACACUCAUUCGAUACUUCGAAUUGAAACACCAAAGUCAUUGGGAAAUGCGAAUCGAUUCUCCUAUUUUCUUAUCAACAAUCCAAUAACACUCAUUCGAUACUUCGAAUUGAAACACCAAAGUCAUUGGGAAAUGCGAAUCGAUUCUCCUAUUUUCUUGUAUUAUUAA